AUGGCUUUCGGUAAGGACAUGGACGCCUGGGCCGGCGACACUGGCCUGGCCCUUGUUGAAAAGAACGAGAAAAAGUCGCGCUUUGCCGUCUCGUGGGCCGAAGCCAAGCUUCUCACGAUUGCUGGUGUCGGUUUCUUGAUGGACGCUUGGGACUUAUUCAUCAUCAACAUCAUCUACUCGAUUAUCCUGAUCGCUUACUAUCCCAAAGGCACCAAGAACAUCGACUGGGGUCUCGAGGGCGGCGUGCUAAAGGCCGCCGCCAACAUUGGUAACAUUGUUGGUCAGCUCUUCUUUGGUUUCUGCGGUGACAUGUUCGGUCGCUCCGCUGUCUACGGCAAGGAACUCUUCAUUGUUAUCGUAGCCGUCAUCCUCCAGAUCUCGGCUCCAGACUCUAUUGGCGGUCAUGGCAUCACUAUCUGGCUUACUGUCUUCCGUUUCAUCAUGGGCAUCGGCAUUGGCGGUGACUACCCCAUGUCAGCCACAAUCGUCUCGGACCGAGCGCAUCUCAAGAACCGUGGCUUCCUUCUCAGCUGGAUCUUCUCCAACCAGGGUUGGGGUAACCUCACUGGUGCCCUCUUCGCCGUUAUUGUCAUUGCUGGCUACCGCCACUACGUCGACGCUGGCGACGUACACAAGCUUUCGGGCGCUUGGCGCAUUCUUCAGGGCCUCACCCUGAUUCCUGCCUUCAUCGUGCUCUAUUUCCGUCUCACCCUUGUCGAGUCGACCCGUUUCACUCAGGCUCGUAAACUCCAGGACGACCCUGAGCUUAUUGCCAAGGGUCAGAACAACCUCAACCGCUCCAACUCGGACGACGAUGGCAUUAUCAAGGAGAAGGCCCUUGGCGGCGACAUGACCCCCAUCGAGAACACCGCCGUUGGCAUGUCCUUUAAGUCGAUCGGAAAGCCCAAGAACGAGUUCAUCGACUACUUCUCCCAGUGGAAGAAUGCCAAGAAGCUCUUCGGUUGUGCUGCCACCUGGUUCCUGGUCGACAUUACCUUCUACGGUAUCAAUCUCAACCAGUCUUCCAUCCUUAACGCUAUUGGCUUCACCAACGGUUCCACCUGGGGCAAACUCAUGAAAACUGCGACUGGAAACCUCAUCAUCACUUGCGCCGGUUUCUUGCCUGGUUACUUCUUCACCAUGUUCACUGUCGACAUUGUCGGCCGUAGGGCUAUCCAACUCUUUGGUUUCAUCAUGAACGCUCUGUUCCUCGGCAUCCUCGCCGGUCGCUUCGAUCACCUCAAGCACCAGACUGGUCCCUUCUUCGUCGUCUUCGUCUUCUUGCAACUUACUUUCAACUGGGGUGCCAACGCAACAACGUUCAUCGUCCCUGCCGAAGCCUUCCCCACCCGAGUUCGUGCCACCGCUCACGGUUUCUGUGCCGCGUGCGGUAAGUGCGGUGCCAUUCUGUCGUCGCUGCUCUUUUCGCACCUUGCCACCAAGACCAGUCUUGGAAACCAGGGUGUCUUCUGGAUCUUCUUUGGUGUCUCGAUCCUCGGUGCCAUUGUGACCUACUUAUUUGUUCCCGAGACCAACGAGUACGACGCUGAUGAGGAAGACCGCAAGGAGCUUGCUGCCCGCGCCGGUGUUCAGUAG